CGAUGACGUGUCUCAUUGGAACUGACGCUGAGCCACCAUGGCAGUUGAGCUAUGCUAGAUGUCCUGCAAAAAGCGUAGAUAAGAUAGCUAAUACAUGUAUUUUAGCUGACAAUUGGAGUAACCAAAUUUGCUUUCGUAUGUCGAUAUUCAGCGUUGAAGCGUGACUGUGUUGAAUUAACAGAGAAAAUGCGAUUCGCUUAUAUCCCUCCCGUUCUGAGGGUCUUUCUUCUUAUUGGAAUCUUGAAUUGCGUCUCAAGUUUCUAUCUUCCUGGUUUGGCUCCUGUCAGUUUCUGUGAAAAAGGACAACAAGCUGAUAAAGAACAAGACGUACCGGAUUGCAGGUCUGAAAUUGAGCUCUUCGUGAAUCGACUGGAUUCUGUGGAGUCAGUCCUGCCGUAUGAAUACACAGCGUUUGAUUUCUGCUCAGAGGAGUCAGAGAAACGACCCUCUGAGAAUUUGGGUCAGGUUUUAUUUGGUGAGCGAAUCGAACCAUCUCCAUACAAGUUUGAAUUUAAAAAGAAAGAAGAGUGUAAGCAUGUUUGCACCAAGACCUACAGUAAAGACAAGGCAGACGACAAAGCCAAGCUGGACUUCCUGAAGAAAGGAAUGCUGCUGAACUACCAACAUCAUUGGAUCGUGGAUAACAUGCCAGUGACCUGGUGCUACGACGUGGAGGACGGACAGAAGUUCUGCAAUCCCGGGUUCCCCAUCGGAUGUUACGUUACUGAUGCGGGCCGACCCAAAGACGCCUGCGUUGUCAACUCGGAUUUCAAUGAUAAAGACACCUUCUACAUCUUCAACCACGUUGACAUCACAAUCUAUUACCACAUGGUGGAGAACGAAGCUGCAGGGGCAAGAUUGGUUGCGGCUAAAAUGGAGCCCAAAAGCUACAAGCAUAAAAGUGCUGACAAACCAGACUGCACGGGGGCACCCAUGGACUUGAGCAACAAGUUCUCUGGCGAUCUGAAAAUUCCCUACACAUAUUCUGUCCAGUUUGUAGAGGAUCAGAAAAUCCGAUGGGCUUCUCGUUGGGAUUACAUCCUGGAGUCCAUGCCCCACACGAACAUCCAGUGGUUUAGCAUCAUGAACUCCCUGGUGAUCGUUCUCUUCCUCUCCGGCAUGGUGGCCAUGAUCAUGCUCAGGACCCUGCACAAGGACAUCGCCCGCUACAACCAGAUGGACUCGGUGGAGGACGCCCAGGAGGAAUUCGGCUGGAAGCUGGUGCACGGCGACGUCUUCAGGCCGCCGAGGAAGGGCAUGCUGCUCUCCGUCUUCCUGGGGUCUGGGACUCAGAUCUUCAUCAUGACCUUCGUCACCCUCUUCUUCGCCUGCCUGGGCUUCCUGUCGCCGGCGAAUCGCGGAGCGCUGAUGACGUGCGCGGUGGUGCUGUGGGUUCUGCUGGGGACUCCAGCGGGUUACGUGGCUGCCAGGUUAUACAAAUCCUUUGGUGGUGAAAAAUGGAAAACAAAUGUUCUACUGACAGCUUUCCUGUGCCCGGGGAUUGUGUUUGCGGACUUCUUCCUGAUGAACCUGAUUCUGUGGGGGGAGGGGUCGUCAGCAGCCAUGCCAUUCGGGACACUGGUGGCCAUCUUGGCUCUGUGGUUCUGCAUUUCCGUGCCCCUCACAUUCAUUGGAGCAUACUUCGGCUUCAAGAAAAGCGGGAUCGAGCACCCAGUCCGUACGAACCAGAUCCCUCGACAGAUUCCGGAACAGUCUUUCUACACCAAGCCCCUCCCUGGGAUCAUUAUGGGAGGAAUCCUGCCUUUCGGAUGCAUCUUCAUCCAGCUCUUCUUCAUCCUCAACAGCAUCUGGUCUCACCAGAUGUACUACAUGUUCGGGUUUCUGUUCCUGGUGUUUAUCAUCCUAUUGAUCACCUGUUCCGAAGCCACCAUCCUCCUCUGUUACUUCCACCUGUGUGCAGAGGACUAUCACUGGCAGUGGCGGUCCUUCCUGACCAGCGGCUUCACCGCCGUGUACUUCCUGGUGUAUGCCGUGCACUACUUCUUCUCUAAGCUCCAGAUCACCGGGCUGGCCAGCACCAUCCUUUACUUCGGUUACACAAUGAUCAUGGCUUUGAUCUUUUUCCUCUUCACAGGAACGAUUGGAUUCUUUGCCUGUUUCUGGUUUGUAACCAAGAUCUACAGUGUGGUGAAGGUGGACUGAUAUCUCCAGAGCAGACAGAGUUUGUCCAGCCUGGGAUUUCUCUCUGUCCAGGACUUCCCGGUUUUAAAGGAAAAGAAAAAUUCUGUUAAAACCAGUCGUAAAUUUCACUUUUUUUUUCCCACAAACUCAUCAGAAAUUCACCUUUUAUAUGCAGCGAAUCCUGUAAACCGUUACUAUGAUUAAAUGAAUUGCAAAGGAGACGGCAUAUCACCAAACACUAUAAUUAUAUAUGUGCAUUUCAUGAAAAUUGUAAAUAAUACAUUUUACUAACAUGGAGUGAAAUUACCGUAGGCCUCCGUAGUUGUGUUGUUAAGACUCCGCAGUGAACGUAAAUAUUAUUGUAAAUAAUGUUUUCUAAUGCUCAAAGUAGGUAAUCUGAAUUGUGUGUAAAAAUAAAUGUGGUCGUGGAAUGCUUCAAGCUUCAUUUUUAUUUUAUUUUUUUUUCAGUACGAUACCAACUGAACUGUUAAUGAGCUUUGCUUCAUUUAAAAAAAAUUUUUUUGCCUCUAUACAUUUUGUGCCUCUUGAUUAUACUUAUCGAUUAUACUGUAAAUUUUCAGUAAUAAAUGUACAAAUGACCACA